UAGCUAGUAAAGUGGUUCCUGAAAGUACUAAUGUUAAUAGUAGGUUCUAUUCUAAUACUGUAUUGCCUGAGGUGUUUAAUAAUUUUAUGAAAAAAAGAGAUAGACAUACUGUAAGAGAUGUGUUGUUGCAUCAUGAUAAUGCUAGGCCACACAAGGCAGAUAUUGUUACUGAUUAUUUGAAGGAAAAACAUAUUAAAUUAAUGCCUCAUCUACCUUAUAGUUCAGACCUAGCACCAUGUAACUUUUAUUUGUUUUCAAAAAUUAAAAAUGAAUUAGCUGGUUGA